AUGUCUCAGCUUCGCGGUGGCCCUGUCGCUCCCGGCAUUGCGUUCGUCACUGGGGGAGCUCGUGGACUCGGAAACGCCAUUGCAGUAUCAUUCGCCAAAGAAGGCUCGAAAGGCAUAGCACUCGUCGAUAUCCAGGAUGAGAAGACCUUCAACGAAGGCAAAGCAGCUGUAGAGCAGUAUGGCACGAAGUGCAUCACCAUUCAUGCAGAUGUAACACAAGAAGACCAGGUCGAGCGAGCGAUUGCAGAAACAGUCAAGGAGUUCGGCCGGAUUGAUUACGCUGCUAACUUUGCCGGUAUCAUCGGCCCACUCGCGCUGACAGUCGACACUCCACUCGAGGCAUGGCGGAAGGUCAUCGACGUCAAUCUGGUUGGAGUCUGGCUAUGCACCAAGCAUGAGUUGAAGCAAAUGCUCAAACAGGAAUCCGUAGAGGUAGAAUCUGGUAGGGUUCCUCAACGAGGAAGCAUCGUCAAUGCCGCAUCGGUGAACUCGAUCCAAUCUGGCGCUGGCACGAGCGGAUACACAGCGGCGAAGCACGGCGUGAUGGGCAUAACAAAAGCUGCCUGUCUCGAGGCUCGUGGAAGCGACAUUCGAGUGAAUGCAGUGUCGCCUGGCUUUCUUUUGACCGAUCUGUUGAAGCCUUCGAUGGCAUCAGGUGAACUUGCUGCAGAGUCCUGGCCAACGUACGAAGCUCGGCAAGGACGCAAAGCAACCUUUGACGAAGUUGGUGAUGUCGUGGUCUUGUUGAGCACUCCAAGAAUGAGCCUUGUCAACGGACAUAAUCUCGUGAUCGACAAUGGCUUCACGAUCAAUGAGGCGCCAUCCUAG